AUGACCGAACAACCUGAUAGUCUACUGCGUAAGCGUUGGACGAGCGCCGUGCACACGGAGCUGAAUGCGCCUGACACGUACCAGAAAGUUGCGGUCUUGAUAAUCAGAUGGCAUGAAGCUGUGCACAAUGACCCUCAGACGAAAGAUGAGGCUGAGGAGCUCGAGAGCCUGUUUCGAGAUGGCUUCCACUAUGAGAUAAGAUCUCUAGUUCUUGAUAACAGCAAGCGCCCUCAGGUGCUGCUUGACGCCGCUAUCGCGCAGUCUGUUGCGGACUACGAUGGACCUUAUCGAAGUCAUCUGCUCGUUGUCUAUUACACGGGUCAUGGCCUGCUGAGAGCCCCAGAUUAUGACAACCUCCUUAUCGCUGGGGACCUGGAUGCCGAGGAGGAAGAGCCCUAUCCACCAGAAGCAAAAUGGACUUAG